CCUCUUCUGCUCACCUUGCCCUCGCUUAGGCCUUCAUGAGAAACUUUCUCCUGCCCUGGUGGAUGUCUUGCAGCCCCUUUCCUUGGAGAGGAGGAGAUCAGCCUUCGCACCUCUGCAAGUGUCGGCUGACUAAACUCCUUCCUGGGGCUACUAGGCCUUGUGGGUCUGGGUAUCAGGCUGCUUCUUGCACUGGGCUGAGGUAUUGUCUCACAUCUUCCUCUCCCCUUUCAUCCUGUGGAUGGCUGUGUCAGCUGAAGGAUGAAGGUAAUUAAAUGCCCUUACUGCGGAUCUCUGCUCUGUUGGCAUGCUUGGUUGCACAGCAGCUCUUCCCAUAGCUUCUCUUCCUCUGCUCCACUGGAAGAAGAUGGCAAAAGUAAACAUUACUAGAGACAUCAUCCACAGACAGAUAAAGGAGAGGGGUGCGCUAGGCUUUGAACGACACUAUCAUGUCACUGAUCCGUUCAUUCGACGCCUGGGCCUAGAGGCAGAAUUGCAGGGUCACUCUGGGUGUGUCAACUGUCUAGAAUGGAAUGAAAAAGGAGACUUGUUGGCCUCUGGAUCUGAUGACCAGCAUACCAUUGUCUGGGAUCCUUUGCAUCACAAGAAGCUCCUUUCUAUGCACACAGGGCACACUGCAAACAUCUUUUCUGUCAAGUUCUUGCCACAUUCAGGAGAUCGGAUCCUCAUCACAGGAGCUGCAGAUUCCAAGGUGCAUGUCCAUGACUUGACUGUCAAGGAGACCAUCCACAUGUUUGGAGAUCACACCAACAGAGUUAAGCGGAUUGCCACAGCUCCCAUGUGGCCCAACACCUUCUGGAGUGCAGCAGAAGAUGGGCUAAUCAGACAGUACGAUCUGCGAGAGAACAGCAAACGUUCAGAAGUCCUAAUAGACCUGACAGAGUACUGUGGGCAGCUGGUGGAGGCCAAAUGCCUCACAGUCAACCCCCAAGAUAACAACUACUUAGCAGUGGGGGCAAGUGGGCCCUUCGUGAGGCUUUAUGACAUACGCAUGAUCCACAACCACAGAAAAAGCAUGAAGCAGAGUCCUUCAGCUGGAGUACACACAUUCUGCGACCGGCAGAAACCCCUCCCGGAUGGUGCAGCACAGUACUACGUGGCAGGGCACCUUCCAGUGAAGCUUCCAGACUACAACAACCGGCUGAGAGUUCUGGUGGCCACGUACGUGACCUUCAGUCCUGAUGGCACUGAGCUCUUAGUCAACAUGGGAGGGGAGCAGGUCUAUUUGUUUGACCUAACUUACAAACAGCGACCAUACACUUUUCUUCUCCCAAAGAAGUGCCAUACUUCAGGGGAAGUGCAGAAUGGGAAAACCUCAACCAAUGGAGUGUCAAAUGGCAUCCACCUCCACAGCAAUGGCUUCCGCUUGUCUGAAGGAAGAGCACAUGUGAGUCCCCAGGUGGAGUUGCCUCCCUAUCUGGAGAGAAUUAAGCAGCAAGCCAACGAGGCCUUUGCUUGCCAGCAGUGGACUCAAGCCAUCCAGCUGUACAGCAAAGCAGUCCAGAAAGCCCCCAACAACGCCAUGCUGUAUGGAAACAGAGCCGCUGCCUACAUGAAGCGCAAGUGGGAUGGGGACCAUUAUGAUGCUCUAAGAGACUGCUUGAAGGCCAUAUCCUUGAAUCCAUGCCACCUGAAGGCCCAUUUCCGUCUUGCCCGCUGUCUCUUUGAACUCAAGUAUGUGGCAGAAGCACUGGAGUGUCUGGAUGACUUUAAAGGGAAGUUCCCAGAACAAGCACAUAGCAGUGCCUGCGAUGCACUAGACAGAGACAUCAAUGCAGCCCUCUUCUCCAAGAGUGAUAACGCUGAAGACAAGAAGGGGGGUGGCCCCAUCCGGCUGCGAGCCACAGGCCGUAAGGAUUCCAUCUCAGAGGAUGAGAUGGUGCUGAGGGAGCGCAGCUACGACUACAAAUUUCGAUAUUGUGGCCACUGUAACACUACUACAGACAUCAAAGAGGCCAAUUUCUUUGGCAGCAAUGCGCAGUACAUAGUCAGUGGGUCAGAUGACGGCUCAUUCUUCAUCUGGGAGAAAGAAACCACCAAUCUUGUUAGAGUGCUGCAGGGAGACGAGUCGAUUGUGAAUUGUCUCCAGCCUCAUCCCAGUUACUGCUUCCUGGCCACCAGCGGCAUUGACCCAGUUGUACGGCUGUGGAAUCCCAGGCCAGAGAGUGAAACCCUUAAUGGCCGUGUGGUGGUAGACAUGGAAGGUGCUUCCCAAGCUAACCAGAGACGAAUGAACGCAGACCCGCUGGAGGUGAUGUUGCUGAACAUGGGGUACCGGAUUACAGGACUGACAAGUGGUGGGGCUGGAGGCUCAGACGAUGAAGACAGCUCAGAGGGGCAAGUCCAGUGCCGGCCCAGCUAAAACAGAACUGCCUCUCCUUCCUCUAAUUGUUUGGUUGAAAGGGAACCUAGUUUCCUUGGUCCUGAACUUUCUCUGAUGAAUGACUGCACUGUUUCGCACUAUGCACAGAGUAGGACAAGCUGGCAGGGGCAGGAGCAGCCGUCUCUGUAAACCACCGCCUCCACCACCUCCUCCUCCUGUCACACUACUGAGCAGUAUGGCAGUGCAGUCUAGGGUUUGCCUUUAGCGGAAUUUAGUCCCGGCAGGGAUCUUUGAGUUGUCUGUAAGCAGUAUAAGCUGGUGAUUUUUUCCAGAGCUGCUGUAUGACCUGGUACAGAGGGAUGUUGCCCGCAUUCAUGCAUUUGCAGAGGGGAUGUUAAAUUCCUGAAUAAAAUACAAACCUAGGGCAGGGGUUAUGGAAUGAUUUUACUGCAGUAAUCUUGGUCUUAGAAGCUUGGCUUAGACAUUCUGCUGCCAGCCUGUGUCGGGGCCCUGCUUUAGGGUUUUUGGCCGUGAAACACCUGUUUUGUCCUGUAACAUCUUUCUUCUGGCUUCCAUCUCUAACAUGUCAUCCCCAGAUAUAUCUGUGUUGUGUUAAGGACUGGACGUUGCCUGUUCUUGUCCCUGGGCAUCUGUCUUAGUUGAUGAAUCAGGGGAGGCACUGAGUAUGUGCAGCUCAACAGGGCAGGAGAUGCUUGCCCAGCUCUGAUACUUUCUUCUAUGGGUUAAGAACUUGUGGAGAAAGGUGGCAACAAUGGGAGGAGGUUUGAUCAGAGGCCUAAGACUUAAUGUACCUAAAGCUACUGAGGAAAGGGGCUGGUAACGGCACUCUUCCAGAGCUUCUCUCUCUAUUGCCCCCAAAUAUGUGUAGCUAUAUUCACCUUCCCUCCGUGUCACCUGUGCUGGAGCUGAGAACGUUGCCACCAUGUGUCUGUUGCAACUAAUGUUUUGAGCUUUUAGACAGCAGGUUUUUAGUGCAGCCAGCUGCUCUGUCUUGACCAAGAUGGGCUUCUCCACCUCAUUGUUGUUGUAACAUCCGAUGGAUUAGUGGUCCUCUCAGGAACCCUCCUUCCUCUUCCCAUUCCCCUCCCUCACUGACUCUGGCUGUAAAGCCAGAAAUACACCUAGAAACGCAGCACUGUACUUCCAUUUCUUCUCUUCCCAUGUAACAUGCGGCCCUGUUUUUCCCCUCUUGCAGUUGCCAAACACUAAACAUUGAGUAGAUCUUACACAGCUGUGCUACAACCGAAGCUGAAGAGGUUGUUUUUUCUAGGACUAUCAACUAAGACCAAAGAGCCCCUGGAGAUCUUAACUGCUCUGCACUGUCUCUUAUCUCUUACUGCUGAAGGUCUGAACAUGCUAACCUUGGUCCCAGGGGUGUGAGAUGUGUGUGGGAGUGUGUGCGCACGUGUGUAUGCUGCAUUAGGGUUGUUCUUCCAUGUGGUGCAAUCCCUGGUCUUCCCGUCCCUGCUGUGGAAGGAUGAGGACUCUCUUUCCUUUUCUGGCUGCUUCUGGCUGCCAGGUGUUGAUGAGAGAGACUGCACAGUGCUGGCUGAUCAAGGUAACUGGCUUCCUCUCCCUUCUAAAACACUCUUUGAGGUGGGUGAGCCUUGUACAAGAGGGAGAGAGGUGGCAGAGUCUUGUAGCAGGCAGCCUCUCUCAAAGGGUGCUAUUCCUUGCAUAGAGGGACAUCGCCCCCUGACCCCGCAAUCACAGUGGAGCUAUCGGGACCUGAUCUCUGCUCCUAAGACAAACAUUUCCGUCUGCGCUCUCAUGUGUAGGUGAAGCUGAGCCUUAGCAAGCCCCAGCCCUUAGGGAGCAUGCCCCACACCACCAAGGAAAGACCAGCUACCCUUGCGCUCUACUGAGCUGUGAUGGCAGGCUUCUGUUUUGUAGUUCAAUCAGACUUACCCUCCAUCGUCUCCUGUUGAAGCAGAGCUCUCCUGGGACAGAUAGUCACGUAGCUGCUGAGGGCAUGUUUGCUAGUUUUAACACACCACCAGUGUGGUAGAUGUGCCUGCUUGCUCGGUUUACCCAUUUGGUUGUGUACAUGCUCCCCCACCCGACAUGUACCCUGGCACCCAAUGCUCUUUAGAACCCAGAGGCAACUGAAAGUCCUUCUCACCUGGGUGGCUUUUUGAUGUGGUCUGGCCUUUUCUUUUUUGCUUAAGGCUUUCCUACUAGACACACCUCCCCCCUGCCCCCCACUCAAACUUUUUUCAGCUUCUACUAGACAAUGUCUGUAGACUUGGAUUUUUAAACUGAAAGUCUAAAAGAAAGAUUGGAAUCUCCGAAAGGAACAGACCUCUCCCUCCCCAUUCACCUUUUGCUGUGGCAGCUAUUUUUUGUUGUUUUUUAUCCUUGUGAGACAGUGCAGCUCUUUUACCUGCCAGUUGCAGUGUGAAAGCUACAAAAUUCCCUGCCUCUGCAGUGGAUUGCUUUUUUUAAUGGCUGCUUUGGUUAAAAAGAUAAAUAAUAAUGGGAGGGAAGGGGAGAGAAAAAUGUCUCUAGCCCCCUUUUCCCCUUGUUGUGGGCAGAUUGCCUGCUUUGUUGCUUGUUAAUGAGGAAUUUGUAUUUAUUGGUGAAGGAAAAACAUGCUAGGGAAGUAGGGAAAAGAUGUUGCUUUAUUGACCUCUGCUGUUUACUUUGACCCCUCUUCAGGAAAGCUUCUUCCUGCUCUUUCUGGUUAACUCUUUCUAGCCUGGGAUACGCAGGGAUGCCUCCUUUAUUUUUGUAUUCUAGCAAUGGGCUCUCCGUUCGGAGACUCUAGGAUUCUCUUGGUGUUGCAAAGACCAUUGCUUCUAGCUUUUUCGAGUACUAAAGAUGAUCAUCUCGUAAACUCUGCCCCUGCAGUUGUAGAGGUAACACACAAGCCUUACUGUCCUCAUUAGAAGGAGCAGAAAACUUGUUUCUCUAGUCCCUGGAAGAGAAAGGGUUAAGCAAUUAAACAAUUCUUUGUUCUA